AUGCUACUGCCGCACCAGCCCGGAAGUAAGGCGUUUAUUGACAAUAUGGCCGUUGAACUGGGCUUGGAUUUGGAGAAAACUGUAAUUUGACAGCGCUCACCGGGGCUGCGAUAACCACCAGUUUCCACCCGAGGAGUGUCAGGAACAGAUGCAUUUGAAUGAAGGGAGCCGCGAAGGCACGGGACGGUGUCAGUGAGCUGAGGAAACGUCCAGAGUGUGAAACCCGUCAUGUCGUUUUUCAAGAGGAAAGGUGAGGAAGAAGCUCCCUCUGAAGGCUGCAACGUCAACGGCAGCUAGCAGCGCGGAGAGUCCGGCUGAGAAGAGAGUGCCCCCCGAUAAGAUCCAAAAGCAAAGAACCUGAGAAAGUUACAGAUGCUAAAGUCAACAGAGCUCCAGUCAGCCCUCACUCUCCAUCGUUAGGACUGAGGAACCACCAUGCCAUCCAGGAAGCUGCGGGGCCCAGCCAUGUGGCUAUCAACGCCAUCUCCGCCAACAUGGACUCCUUCGCCCGCGGUCGCACCGCCAUCCUCAAGAAACAGCCAAGCCACAUGGAGGCUGCGCAUUUUGGCGAUCUUGGUCAUUCCAGUGUGAACUAUCAGCCCCAGGAGACCCGCUCUCGACUAUCCAAGACUGUGGACCAGGUCCUCCGGGACAAUGUGGCGAUGCCCCACUACAUGCAUUUCAUGGAACUUCAAGGUGCCGACCACCUGGUCCGGUUCUGGCUUGAGGCGGAGAGUUUCCGCUCUACCAGCUGGUCGAGAAUCAGAGCGCACAGUCUAAAUUCUGUCAAACACAGCUCCCUGGCUGAGCCCGUCCCUGCCUUCCCAGAUGGCUCAGAGCUCCUAGAGAAUGCCUCACACACACCCCAUGUCCUCUCCCGGGACAGUAGCAUUGAAGGUCCUACGGUGUCGUUGGAGCGGCGGAACUCCUCCAGCACAGAAGCAGGGCUGAGACCAGGCACGCCUAGAGCAGAAACCCCCAGCAGGCAGGCACCCUCCAGGACAGGGACUCCCUACAAGGGGCAGUCAAACAGCACCCUGCGAGAGCUCUCGGACAAACUCAUGAAAAGUAUAGAGAAAGAUGCAGUUACCAUCUUCACAAAGUACAUCUCUCCAGACGCUGUAAGGCCCAUCCCCAUCACAGAACAGAUCAGAAACGACAUAGUUGCUAAGAUAUGUGGAGAGGAUGGCAUGGUGGAUCCAAACUGCUUUGUCAUUGCACAGUCGGUGGUUUUCACCAUCUUGGAGCAGCAGCACUUUAGCGGAUUCCUGCGGAGCCAUCAUUUCUGUAAAUACCAGAUUGAAGUGUUGACUAGUGGCUCCGUGUUCCUGGCUGACAUCUUGUUCUGUGAGUCAGCGCUCUUCUACUUCUCUGAGUACAUGGAAAAGGAGGAGGCGAUGAAUGUACUACAGUUCUGGCUGGCAGCAGACAACUUCCAGAACCAGCUAGCAGCUAAAAAGGGCCAGUAUGACGGCCAGGAAGCUCAAAAUGAUGCCAUGAUCCUCUAUGACAAGUAUUUCUCACUCCAAGCUACCAACCCUCUGGGCUUCGGCGACUCUGUGCGGAUGGAGAUAGAGUCGAAUAUCUGCCGAGAGGGAGGGCCUCUCCCUGACUGUUUCACCACUCCACUCCGACAGGCCUGGACAACUAUGGAGAAGGUCUACAUGCCAGGCUUCCUGUCCAGCAACCUUUACUACAAAUACCUGAGUGACCUCAUCAACUCUGUGCGGGCGGAUGAAUUUGUGAAUGUCAGCACGCCAGGUCAGAGCGGGCCCGCAGACAAUGACCGCUCCGGUUCAAAUGCCAGCGAGGGCUCGCAGACCCAGCAAGGUGCCAAAAAGGCAGUGAUCAAGAUCCUGAAAAACUUCGAUGAGGCGAUCACGGUGGACGUCGCCAGCCUGGACCCUGAGUCCUUGUAUCAGCGGCCGUAUGCUGGAAAAAUGACGUUUGGGAAGGUGAAUGAGCUGGGCCAGUUUAUCAGGGAGGCAGAGCCAGAGCCGGAUGUGAAGAAGUCUAAAGGCUCCAUGUUUUCUCAAGCCAUGAAGAAAUGGGUCCAGGGAAACUCGGAUGAGGCCCAGGAGGAGAUGGCAUGGCAGAUCGCCAAGAUGAUUGUCAACGACGUCGUCCACCAGUCAAACCACGACAGCCCCGGCAAGGCCACCAAGUUAUGACCCUGCCGAGGAACCAGAGGACCGUCACUCCCUGCGGACGCUGGCUGAGCCGGCGACAAACUGCACACACAGGCUCACCCCGCAACAAACUGCAUUACUCUGAGAACGAACAAGGCUUUUUACCACCUCCCCAACCACCAUGUGUCUGUGUCUGUGUGUGUGUGUGUGUGUGUGUGUGUGUGUGUGUGUGUGUGUGUGUGUGUGUGUGUGUGUGUGGGGCUGGCUGGCUGUGAGCUUGGACGAGUGAUUGUUCACGCAUGGGCUAGUGGCAAACUUGAAGUACAUCAUUGUUCCAAUCUUCCAACUCCAUAACACUAUAAAGGUACACGUGUAGUCGCCAAAAGCAAGGUGCUUGCGUCAGACUGGAGGAAGUCUCUCCUGAGGAAGGAAACAUUCACCGUGACGCUGGAAGAAAGCAGCUUCUCAGGCAGGACUGACGCUGUGUUGCUGUAGCCAUAGUGUUUGUACAAUGUCUUAUCUUGGACCUAUGGAGGACGUGACAAAAGACUGAAUCCCCCUCACUCCUUCAUGACACACCUCCCCACACCUUUUAUAACCAUUCCUUGUUUUUAGAUGAAAUUCUCUUUUAAGGGUCGGUUACUUAAGGAUUGAGCAGAUGAAAAUCAUUGGUUUGGAGCGUUGUACAGUUUUUGCAUACGCUUCCCUCAGCCUGCCUGGAGUAGUUUUGUCUGCCGCUCCCCUCACCUGAGCUGUCCUACAUUGGCUGUUAACUGUAUGUACUGUAGAACGUCUGGAAAUGUGACAAUGAAUGAGGUUCUCACUCAGUUCUGGGACUGGCUGACUUCCUGUGUGAACCUCCUGGCACCUUCACAGAGUGUAGAAGAAGAAAUACUCCCUAUUGAACUAUGAAUUUAAGUGCUCCAGUUGUGUUGGAAAACUCCAAACUCCAUGUCCUAAAUGUUUAUAUAUAUAUAUAUAUAUAUAUAUAUAUAUAUAUAUAUAUAUAUAUAUACACACACACACACACACACACAUUAUAUAUCUAUAAUGUAGAUUUCUGGUUUACCCCAUAUAUUAAUGUUAGUCCUUUUUUAUGGUGACCGCUGUUUUUUUUUUUUAAUGCAUCACUGAAACAAGUGUCAGUGGUAACUGGACUGUUCAACUGGAAAGUGUGCUCAGUGAAUUAAACUACUUUUUAAAUUUCUGUUGAGCCUUACUUACCAUGAUGUGGAAAAGAACCAGAAAAGACUCUUGGUACUAUGUACCACUAAUGUUUUCUGACAUGUACGUGUACUUAAUCUAUAAUAUAUUUAAAUUGUGUUUGAUUUAAAUACAUAUAUUAUGAAAUGUUUUG